AUGAAGCCGGCAUACCUUGUUCUUGGCACCAUCGUCCUCCUCCUUCUGUGUGGCUGUGGCUCUGUCCUCAGCACUUCCAGUGGGAACCUGCGCACCUUUGUGGGCUGUGCUGUGAGAGAGUUCACUUUCCUGGCCAAGAAGCCAGGCUGCAGAGGCCUUCGGAUCACCACAGAUGCCUGCUGGGGCCGCUGUGAGACCUGGGAGAAACCCAUCCUGGAACCGCCCUACAUUGAAGCCUAUCAUCGAGUCUGUACCUACAAUGAGACCAGACAGGUGACUGUCAAGCUGCCUAACUGUGCCCCUGGAGUUGACCCCUUCUACACCUACCCUGUGGCUGUCCGCUGUGACUGUGGGACCUGCUCCACUGCCACCACAGAGUGUGAAACCAUCUGA